AUGAAGCGUCGACGCAGCAGCGCCCACGAUCACGAAUCACUGUCUGAUCCCCCCGACCCUGACACUGGGAUGGACUCCAGUACCUACGAGCUGGACACCCUGGACGUCCCUCCUCUCACCCCGACCAGUAAGGAGGUCCUGAGCCAGGCGGUGAAGGCCAGUUUCUCCGGCUUCACCCAGGAGAGGAUCAGCCGUCACUUUCCACAGGAUCCUACCCUGUGGUCUGAGUGGGAGGUGAACCACUGGCUGGACUGGUGCCAGGCUGAGUUCAGUCUCCACCGCCUGGGCUCGGACCUGAGAGGCCUGCAGGGCAGCGAGCUGUGCGGUCUGGACCGAGAUGCUUUCCUGGGCCUGAUGUCGGACUGCACCGCCGGAGAAAUCCUGUGGGAACAUCUGGAGACCAUGAGGAGAGAGAACUACUCGGACUGUGCUCAGGAACAUUCAGACAAACACAGUUACCAUGUUCAGUAUCAUCACACUGAGAGGACGGAGCUCCACACUCUGGACCCUGUCCCUGUUCAACAUGGAGACCACAACCUGAUCAAGAUGGAGGAUACGAGCAGGACCAUGAGCUCUCCUGCUCUGUGUCAGGAAACAGGAAGAACUGGAGAGACAGACUCAGAGGUAAAGAUCACUCACAGUGACGACUGUGAGCGUGUGGGCUCUCUGUCAUGGACCGCUUCACUCCAGGAUAUAGACCCAGUCCUGGAAGAGACCAUGUCCGAAGAUGCCUUUACGUUACCACAGCCACACAGGAGCUUCAAAGAAUAUGUAGGCAACAAAACCAAUCUGGGGAGAGCUGUGAUACCAGCACCCAUCCUCGCUGGCUACACUGGAAGUGGCCCCAUUCAGCUGUGGCAGUUCCUCCUGGAGCUUCUGACAGACCGCAACUGUCAGUCUUGUAUAAGCUGGACAGGAGAUGGGUGGGAGUUCAAGCUGACAGACCCUGAUGAGGUGGCGCUGCUGUGGGGUCGGAGGAAGAACAAACCCAAGAUGAACUACGAGAAGCUGAGUCGCGGUCUGCGCUACUACUACGACAAAAACAUCAUCCGCAAGACGGCCGGCAAACGCUACGUCUACUGCUUCGUCUGCAACCUGCAAGGCCUGCUGGGAUAUGAGCCCGGAGAGCUGCACGCUAUGUUGGACAUCAGCAGCAAGAGUCAAUAA